CUCGCGCUCGGCCAUGGCGGAGGCCUCGGUGGGCCGGCAGAGCCCCAGGGUGGUGCCCUACCCAGCCCACAGCCUGUGUCCCGGGGAGCCCGGCCUCCAGAGCGCAGCAGUUGUGUCCAUGGGCUCAGCUGAUCACCGACUGAACCUCGCAGAGAUCCUUUCACAGAACUAUGGCGUGCGGGAAGAAAGGGAAGAUGAUGAGACUCAGGAGAAGCAGAAAUCUUUAGAAGAGCUGGAGAAGAGUUUCAGUGCCUCUCAGAGCAGUGAAAUGCCAUUUGAGGAGCUGCUGGCACUUUAUGGCUAUGAGGCAUCUGAUCCCAUCUCGGAGCCGGACAGCGAGAGCAAUGAUAUCACCCCAAACCUCCCAGACAUGACUCUGGAUAAGGAACAAAUAGCGAAGGAUUUGCUUUCAGGGGAAGAAGAGGAGGAGACACAGUCUUCAGCUGAUGAUCUGACUCCAUCCGUCACGUCCCACGAUGCGUCAGACCUAUUCCCAAACCAGCCUGGUUCAAACAAUUUCCUUGCUGAUGAAGACAAAGAGCCCUGUUCAUCUCCCUGUGCUUCCUCCAUGGCUGAGGAUUCAGAGGAGGAUUCCAUCCCACCCAAUGAGUGCAAAAAGGAGAUCAUGGUUGGACCUCAGUACCAGGCCACUGUUCCUGCCUUCCACCUGAAUAGGCACGGUGAAAAAGCCUAUGAGAAUGAAGAUCAGCUGCUUUGGGAUCCAAACGUACUCCCCGAGCGGGAGGUGGAGGAGUUCCUGUACCGCGCAGGGAAGCGGCGCUGGGACGAGCUGUCGAGCAGCAGCCUGCCCGAGGGAGAGGUGGUGAAGGACAAUGAGCAGGCGUUGUAUGAACUGGUUAAAUGCAACUUCAAUGCAGAAGAGGCGCUGCGGCGGCUGCGGUUCAAUGUGAAGGUCAUCAGAGAUGAGCUUUGUGCCUGGAGUGAGGAAGAAUGUAGAAAUUUUGAGCAUGGCUUCAGGGUCCAUGGGAAAAACUUCCAUCUUAUCCAAGCAAACAAGGUCCGCACCCGCUCGGUGGGUGAGUGUGUAGAGUAUUACUACAUGUGGAAAAAGUCAGAGCGCUACGACUACUUCACUCAGCAGACUCGUCUAGGAAGGAAGAAGUACGUCCUCCACCCUGGAGCCAUAGAUUACACGGACAAUGACUUGGAUGGAGGUGAAGUAGAAAACACCAGUCGCUCUCGGAGCUCCCCACCAGUUCCCUCUGCAGCCAGCUGCCUGGAUCCCCACUUUGCUCAGGAUCAGCUGGCCAUGGAGAGCACAGAGCCCCUGAGCGUGGAGAGCACGGCCUGCAGCCUGGGCAGCAUGAGUGAGUCAGGGCAGGGCUAUGAGUGCAGCACACCUUCAGAGACCAAUUGUUCCUUUGACCCCACAGAGGAAACCUCCUCGGGCACCAUCUCAGCUUCCUGCACGCGACACCCUGUCCCCCCGGUGGGCACAGGGCUCUACGCUCUGCCACCCCCAGGACCAGGACUAGCAGAGAAGCAGGAGACGUUGCAGAGCUCUGGUGAGACGAUAACCAUGGACUUCACUCUCCCUGCAGACAUUAACGAGGGUUUGCCUUUAAUUGCUGACCCUGUGGAUUUGGACAGAGACCCAGAGGCAGUGGUGGCCCCUGCGCAAGUGUCCUUAUCGGUCACAGAUUUUGGCCUCAUUGGCAUUGGAGAUGUAAAUAGCUUCCUGACUGCUCACCAGGCCUGCCCAGCACCUGUGGCUCGCUCGGAGCCUUUGUCACAGUGAGCAUCUCCAGUCACAAACUUGUCAGAGACCCAGCAAGGACUUUGACCUGACUGAGUGAAAUCCUGGAACUUCCACUGUUCUGUAGGGGCAGAUUGGAGCUGUUGGUCAGAAUCCAUCUUUCCAUCCUCCUUGAUCCAAGGCUACAGUGAAACCAAACACCUGCUCCCAUGUGUUCUGGCACAAUCACACUGAGCUGUGGCUCACUCUGGGGGGGGUGUGGAUCCGUCACCCCUGGUUUUGUUGCCCAUAUGUCACCCCAGGUAAUUACAGGCUGUUCAAAGAGUUGCUGCCCUUGGGACAGGGGAAUGUCCCUUGGUCCCAGGGGGACAGUCUGAAUGCAGAGAUGCUUUGAGAGCAGGGAUGGUGUCACCAGCACUUCGGGGCUGGGACAGAGGAUGCAGUCUGGAGGUCAGAGUGCUCAGGAAAUCCGCAGGGAGCACAGAACCCCCAGGUUGCAGGGCCAUUGCCUGCAGACAGGCCUAACAAUGCCAAAGUAAUAUGAGGAUUCUUGGCCCUUCACCCACAGGCAGCUUGUUGUAACAGGAGUCGUUCUCCUUGUCCCCUCCCUACAGCCAUCCUGCCCCUGUUGUGCCUGGUGCUGGCGUGUGCUGCUCCCCGCAUCUCCCACGGCUCUGCGUGUCCUUGCUCUGCCACCAGAUGCAGGUGGGACGUGGCCUGGUCCACCUUUUCCCUCAUGUCUGGGAAGGGGACUCUGUGCACCCCAGUCCUCACUUUCUCUUGCAGUGCAGGGCGGGGGAGAACUUGUGCUGGGAGCAAGGGCAGUUCCCAGCCCCACAGAGUGAGGCUGGCGUGGGUGCUGCUGGUGGUGGUGAGUGACUCCAUCCUUGCUGGCUGCUGCAGAACAGGAGGGAAAAUGCAGAUGAAAACACCUCAGCUUGUGCAGGUGAUUUGUCAGCUGAAGGAUGAGGAGGUUGCUCUGCUCCCAGGGCACCAAGUCAGGGCACCCAGUCUGGUCACCAAGUCAGCAGUGCUAGUGCAAUCCGAGGUAGGAGGGCACAGCAGUCCCAUGCCUCCCUGCCCCCUUUUUGCCUCACAAAAAGGCUGUUUUCUGACAGGAAAGUGUCUCUCUACUGCCAUUAGCAACGUUUCAGAGCGGUGACAAGGGUGGCCCCAUGUGGCAUUGAGGUGGCCAGCUGCUGUGCAGAGAGCCACAGCAGCAGAUGUGGGUGUGCAGGAGGCUGGAGCUGCUUCACUUCCUAGAUGUGUUUGAGGCUUGGGGUUUGCCACUGGCUUAAAUCCAUGUGUUCUCCUUCCCUUUUUUCCAUGCAGGAAUUUCUGCCUGCUGGUCAGGGCUCUGCUGCAGAUGUUCCUCCCUCCAGACAUUUCUGCUUUUGGAAGGGGUCUGAGUUGAGUUUUUUUGCUUGUUUUGGGAGAGGCCUUUGGGCUGAUCCCACAGCUGGUUUUGCUGCCAGUGGAUCUGAAAGAUGACUCAGCCCAUUAGCCCGGAUCUUCCUUUUCCCCAGCCUGUGAAGUUGUGCUCAGCACUGCAGUAGGAGCACGGAGCCAGCAGCUUCCCAGGAUGGCAGGACCAGCCCGUGUUUCCUCCCCCAAGCCCAUUUUGGGUGCAUUGGUGGGGUUUGCCUUGGCCCCACGGGGGGAACUGAGACCCCGGCGCACGCAGCAGCCCUAGCUGGGUGUCCCACUCAGACGGACACCGUAGCCAAGGUCUCCCCUCUGGCUGCUCCCAGGUGCUGGAAACAGAAAGCAAUUACAAGUGCCCGCUCCAUAGUGGAACUGCCCAGGCUGCCAUUCCCCUUUUCUGGGGGAGAGAGGAAGCUCCUUGGCUGAAAGGAGAGGAGGAGGCAGGGUGAGAGCUCAAGCAGCCCACCCAGGGAGGACCAGGCCUUGGCAUCUCCUCGCCAUCAGCCAAGAACAUCCUUAGUUUUCCUGAAACCAUUUUUUCUUUGGUUUGUUUCAAGCCCUAAUGGAAGGAGAGGGGAGGCUGUGGGAGGUAAAAAUGUCUCUUAUUUAUGUUAUUCAGUGUUGUUUACAGAUGCGCAUGGGGUCUUUCAACAUGAGUGCAGCGCUUUUUCCCCAUAACUUUAAGGGAGAGGGGUGGAAAGGGCUGGGACAGGGAGGGGAUCACUCGGGGAGGAGGUUUGGGUUUUUUUUGUUGGGGUUUUCUUUUUCCUUCUUACAAAGCACAUUCACUUUGAGCCACUCCCAAUGCUGGACUCUUUCCCCCCUUCCCCUCCCAAGCCCUACACUGUGAAGUGAUACUGCCUUGAAGACCCCUCAACAUUAUUUAUUUAAUUAAAAACCUAAUUUGAAAGUGA